AUGGGACCAUAGAAAGAAACAGAAAAUAAAGAAAAUAUCUUAAAAUAACAAGAAAAAAAAGAAGAACUAAAAAAGCCAACUACUAUACUAGAAGAAUUAAAAUAUUAAAUUGUAUCAUUUGACAAAAGUGUUUUUUAAAAUGAUUUGAAAAACUCUUUUAAAAUAUCUAAGGGCUUAAGAAGGUUUAAAAAGUAUUUAAAAUCUCAUCAUUUUAAAAAAAUAUGGUCUACUUUAUUCCCUAAUAAUCCUAAUGAAUAUUAAUUUGAAAGAUUUUAAGACUUUGAUAAAUCUUUUGAAGAAAAUUUUGAUAUUUCAAAAAAAAAAAUUGCAAAAUUAUCUAAAUCUUAAGAAAUCGAAUUUUAUUUAAAAAUACUUUUUGUUUGUUAUCUUAUUUAAAAUAAACAUAUUGAUUAAGCAUAUGAAUUAUCUGGAUAAUUAUUUUCAAGAGUUUUCGAAAUAAAUAAAAAGCAUUUUGAUUAAUUAACAGCAUACAUAUUUUCUAUUAUGCUUACACGAGAGAAAUAAAGAAUUAAUUAUUAUAAAUAAGAGAAUAACUAUUUGACUCUUACAGAUUAUGUUGCAUUAGACACAAUGAAAUAGGUUAAGCAACUCUAAUUAACUUAAUCCUUAGAAAUUAUUUACAUUAUAAUCAUUUUGAACCUGCACAACAUUUUAUUUCUAAAAUUACUUUUCCUGAAUAAGCUCCAAAUAAUGAAUUAGUUCGUUUCUUAUAUUAUACAGGUAGAGUUAAAGCUGUAUAAGUAGAAUAUUAGGAAGCUUACUAAAAUUUAAAUUAAGCUAUUAAAAAAGCUCCAGAUACCACUGCACUUGGAUUUAGAGUUGAAGUAUAGAAACUUGGAAUUAUUGUAGAAUUUUUAAUGGGAGAAAUUCCUAGUAGAGAUAUUUUUACUAAAGCUGAAUAUUGGAAACCUCUUUAUCCUUAUUAUAAAUUAGUUUAAACUGUCUUAAAUGGAAAUUUAGCUGAUUUUACAAAUUUAGUUAAUUAAUAUUAAAAAUAUUUUAUUUCUGAUAAAAAUUAUUCUUUGAUUUAAAGGUUUUUUUUUAUUUUUAUUUUUUUAAUUUACAAUAAAAUAAUUUUUUUAGAUUAUAAUAAACAGUCAUUAAAACCGGUUUAAGAAAAAUUAACUCUUCUUAUAGUAGAAUUUCAUUUUAAGAUAUUGCUAAAAAACUAAAUUUACCUUAAACUCAUGAUAUUGAAUUUAUUGUUGCUAAGGCUAUUAGAGAUAACAUUUUAAAUGCAAAAAUAAACCACGAAUAAUAAUAUAUUGUUAUUAAAUAAGAAAAUGAUCUCUAUGGAAGUAAUGAACCAUAAAAAGCUUUCUAAAAAAGAAUAUCUUAUUGUUUGAACUUAUAUAAUGCAGCAA